GAGAUCAAAGUGGAAGAAGAGUACCAGACCCCAGAGGCUGUGGAGGAGGUUCUAUUGGAGGCGCUGUCCAGAGCCAUAGACAAGAUGAGAGAAGAGAACCCUGGGAGGAAGAAUGUCACGGCCGACUUCUACAGAUGGUCUUCUGUGGUGAAAGAGGUGGAGGAGGGAAUCCUUCACUGCUACAGUCCUCGUAGUGACACACUGUGCCUCAUGAUGGACGUCGACCAGGCGAAAGACGAGCCAGGUGCAAACAGCUCCCCCAUCAAACGACUCCGUCACAAUGUCCACAAGCACUACAGGCAGUACGCUAGUAUGGGAAACCUGGUUAACUUCAAGACUGGAAAGAAGACAUUGACAUAUUUGAGGUCACUAGCCGAUACCUUUAUCGCAGGAGUAGCCUCCCUGCUCAAAGCCCAGAUGAGACAACGAGAGUAUGACGUGGCCCAGCAGCUCACAGAGGGAUCUGAGGCUAUCCAGCACGUGCGGAUUGCUCACAGCGAGUCUGAUAACUGCAAAGGAAACGACGCAACUCUUGAACAAGUCAAAUCUUUGCUAGAUUUAAGCAAAUCAGAUUCAAAGAUCGUGCUCUUGUGUGGUAAAAGUGGCACAGGGAAGACUUCCUUAGCCGCACAGAUAGCUAGGUCCGCCGUCAUGUGGGAGCCCAGGAGGAAGGUUGUGUUUAGAUGUCUUGGUAUGACCCUGCGGUCUUCCAGCCUCUUCCGUGUCCUGGAGAGUCUGACCAAGCAGCUGAGCUUUGUGUAUUCUCUGGCAUUAGAAUUACCCGUGGAUCUUACAUCACAGGAAGCUGUGUCUUUGUUCUGUUCUACGCUGAAGUCGAUCAGUGAAAAGCGUACACUGUGCGGUGAUUUAUUGUUGGUGCUGGAUCAAAUCGACCGAUUGCCAGAUCUGGAGGUUCAUUUCCUUCUUUGCAUUUUAAACUCUCUUGGAGAAGGGAUUAGCCUUGUUCUUACACUGCAAAGUCCACAUGAACUUUUGAAUGUACUCAAGUCUCAUCCAUCGGUGAAGAACGUGAAGUUACUUUACAUGAACAAAGUAGAAAUCACAGAGUGUGUGACAAGUAAUCUACAUGCUUCUAAACGUAUCGUGACAACUGACCAACUUCAUCAAGCUUUGAAAACUCUUCCCAGAGACCCAAUUCCAGUCUACGCCCAGCUUCUCUUACAUUUGCUCAAACUGUGGCCCUCCCAUUCCCUCCCUGAAUUUGAAAAAUUCAAAAACGACCCACAGUCAGAUUGUAAGGCGUUAUUGGCAUCCAUCGAGGGUGACCUGGGAAAAGCCUUUUCCCGCCACGCCCUGUCAUUUCUCGCCACAGCAAGACAUGGCCUGGCCGCCUACGAACUCCUCCAUCUUCUCUCUACAGACGCAGACAUUCUUAAUGAAAUCAAGGAAGAGAACGGUGACGAGAUGAGCGUUGUGGAGGGGUUUCCAUAUCAGCUGCAAUUGUCUAAACUGGUCUCAAGGCUAGGGAAAUUUCUUGUGGAGGUUAAGAUAGAAGGCGAAAGCGUGUAUAGAGUCAUGUGUCAGCCUUUGAUAGAUUGCAUCAAGUCAAGGUACAUGAGCGAAAGGUUCUCCCAAAGUGUCCACCUUCGUUUGGCAAACUUCUUCCAGUUCAUUAGAAGAGGCCUUUUGCUGAGCUCCCGUGAUAUCUCAGAGCAGAAGCAUCAGCGUUUAUCUAAGUACCACUGGCGCACACUUCGCUGUGUCCCUUUCCAUCUCUGCUUUAUCUCAUCUAGUACAGCAGAGGUAUGGUCAGCUCUGAAAGAGAAGGUAUUCUUCAAUUUUGCCUGGUUGGUCAACGCGGUGUAUUCAGGGUUCUUCAAUGAUCUGUUGGAUGACAUCACGUUCGCCCUGGAUGUGGUAAGUCUUGACCCAGAUAUUCAGUACCUGCGACAGCUCCUUCUCUCUGUUCGGCACACCGUCAUACACAACCCGACGUCGUUGGCUGCUGUGUUCUCCAGCCAGAAGGUCGAUGACCUUCACAACAUGAAGGACAGCGUCAAAUCUGUGGUAGAAGAAGCCAGAGUCUGGUUGAAGCAGGUACAUCUCCAGGCUUUGGUCCCUGUGUCGUACACUUCUGACAAAACCUCCAGGCUUCUGGUCAAGGAGAACGGCAUCUUCGGCGUGAAAGCUCUCACGUCUGUGGGAGACACAGGUACUCUGUUGGUGCAGAGAGACAAGUCUCUACUUCGGCAUAACGUACUAACCUGUGAGGAAAUGCCCCUGGCCACUCUCACGGAUGACAUCAUCAGCUUCCACAUAUGCGGUGACGAAAACGUCUGUGUCUUAGUGAGAAAAGAAACAUCCACACUUCAGCUUGAGGUAUUCAGUCUUGAAAAAGGAAGACAUCUAAAGUCGAUUUCCCUUGGAGAUCGUCCUCUUCUGUGGCUUGAUAUUCGAACCCCGAACACUUCUUUCUUCGCCAACGAUACCGCUAUUAAGAGCCUUGAUUUAAAUCGAGGAGUCAUUACUAACAUUAUCAGCUGGCAGCAAUCAUUCACUGCAGCGUGUAUAUCUACUAGCAAACCGGAGAGGGUGAUCACUGUCAAUGUUGAUAAGAAAACGACAAUCGAUUAUGCUCCAGUGAAAAACGUGUCUGCGUUCAAAGAACUUACUCUGCGGAACGAAAUCCCAAACAAACAUUGUUGUAUCUUGAAGUCUACAAAGGAUGGAAAGUACAUUGUUCACGUGACCGAGAGACAGGCUUUGGUGGUGGAAGCCUCCAUGUUUAAAGUGCAUGAAACCUUUUCUUUAAACGGCUUGCCUAUUGUGAUGGCAGAGUUCUCGCGAAGUCACGAACACCUUUUCCUUGCCUACGCAAACUGCGCCAUCACCUGUCACAUACUCUAUUCUGGAACAGAGGCCAUGAACACCAAACUCAAACCAAAGCCUAAACCUCGUGUUUAUACGUCACACACGGCAGCGCGGCAAUCUAGAAUGUCUCCAAGAACAGGCGGCUCUGCGAGAAUGAUAGCUGAAACGGAUACGAUUAUCUCCAUGUUAACAUCCGAGGACGACCAUUUCCUCAUCUGCGGAACUCGGUUAGGGCAUGCGUAUGUCAUUCAUGUUCCCACCGGUCAACAGUUAGUGGACAUAACCACUGGCCAAAAAUCUAUCAACACAUUGAUCUUUUUGACUGACCGUGGACACUUCCAACACCUUAUCACAGGCGACUCAAUGGGGAAUGCGUUACACUGGAAUCUGCGUCCUUUGAUCAAGCAAACCAGGCUACUUCUCCAGCCUUACAUUCUGGAUGAAGACCUCUACAAAGAGGAAGAAGCCAAGUUAGAACUGGACGCUUAUCAUCGCACCUUCGAAGCUAAGCGGAACAACAGGGUGUUCCUCAACGGCCCGGACAUUGCAGCGUUUUACACCAAUCCCCCAGAGGACACGCUACACGUUCUGAUGGAGCUGGACCCCGCUUUUGCAGUACAACAGGACUGGGAGAUGUCUGGUUCCCUGGAAAACCUGACCGAACAGCUGGUCGCCAUCGCUAGUGGCCAAGAGUUGGGUGAUAUGCUGCUGACCGUGUCCGCUGAUCUGAGGCUCGCUCGCUGGAGUCUACAUGACGGGGGGCUAAUGUGGAGCAAGAAAUUGCCGCGCGAAGGCAAUGAGGUUCAGGCUCUUGUGUCUGUCUAUUACGACCAGGCGGCACUGGUGGUGGCAAAAUUCACAGGGAGGCAGACUGUCACUUUGAUGGUGAUAUAUACUGGAGAGGGACAGACCAAAACGAUGAUCCGUCGUGACGUCACAGCAUACUGGAUAUCACGUGACAACACAAAGAUCAUCAUGAUGUGUGAGCAGCCGCAAAUCGAAGAUAAGCGCUUGUUUCUGUGGGACUUGAUCAACGGGCAGGAAGAGACAUGGCAGUUCAGCAACCUUCAAAAGUUAGGUGACGAUGCUUCACAGCAAUGUCCUUUCUUCGCUGCAUUUUCUCCCAGCCUCAACCAGUGUAUCCGUGUAGACGUUCCCCCACCUGAAAGCACUACCACUCACUCACCUCACCCAUCUGGCUUUGAUGGUAGACGAUCACAGGGGUCUGUGAAUUCAAAUCGCCCUGUCGGAAAUGAAGGAGAUUCCCCUUUUGCUGUUGAUGGCCAGUUGAAUGAAAGCUUCGAUGCUGUAGAGAAUGACAGAUUUACUUCAGAAGACGCCAGAUCACCUGCAAAUAACUCUAAACAGCCAAUUAGUGUUGAGUCUAAUGUUGGCCCAGCAGCGGCUGCCGACAGUUCACGCGGCAGUAGAUGUCCUUCUCGGGUGUCGGAGACGCCUCAACCAAGACCUGGCUCUGGCGAUCAGAAUAAAUCAGUUUUUGGUGAUGACGAUGGCUUGAUAGAAAAAGAGAUCGAGAGGAAGACGACAAUCCAUUGGAGUAAAGGAAAAAUGGACCCGAAACCGGAACAAGAGACGCUGAUGGUGCCACGAUUUGAUAAGUUAGGAAGGAGAAACUCCUGGUCCAUAACGUCGAGAGCUGGUUUUGGCAGUAGGUCAAGGAUACCCGUAGAGUACUUCCCCAGGCGAGCAAGCCUUCAUAUUGAUGGAAGCGGCAAACUCGUGCCUGAGAACAUCAAGACCAAUGGUGGAGAUUCCCCUGAUGACGUCACCGAGACUGAACCGACUGAAGCAAACUUCACACUACUCGUCACCAUGUCGACCAUCAGCUUUGUCAGCGACGAGCAUGUCCUUGUGGGUACCACAACAGGCCACGUUCUGGUGCUGAAAAUAAAUUCGUUCAAUACUUUCUGUGUUCUGGGAGUGAACGAAGACCCACUCUUGCUGCCUGCAGACAAGAACAACAUCACAUUGAGAAGAAUCUCACCACCCCAUGAAGCAGCUGUGACCUAUGUGGCGUCCUCCACAGACGGUUCGUCUUUGGUCAGUGCAGACAACAGCUCCAUCUGUCUCUGGGAUGUGGCUACUCGUAUGCUCAAAAUGGAGAUACGCCUAGACCCCGGCCAGCAGAUUACACAUCUCCAAAUCUCUAAGGACGCUAACCUGGUUGUGGUGGCAACAAAUGACAGGACUCUGCGUCUCUGGUCUCCCGUUGGCCUCCGCGAGAUUGCCAACUACAAAACAAAUUUUGAUAUUUUGGACCUACAAAUGACGAGCGAUUGCCGAAAGAUAGCAGUGCAGGGCGUUGGGCAAGAAGACCGACCAGUCCUGGAGAUCUUUGAAGUAAAGAACAUCGACGACGUGCUUAUGCUAGUGGCCGAGAGAAAGAAGUCCCACCAGCACGAGGUGAGCGAGAACCUGAAGGACGAGCGGAAGCGGCGGGCGAGCAGACGGAUGAGCGAAAUGCGACGAGAUUCUCUGCCUCCUGCAGCAGACCUUGAUCUUGAAACGUAGCAUGACUGAAACCUGGAGAACCGGACAACUAAAGCACCUGAUGAUCACAGUGGUUGAUAUUUAAUUUAAGGACAACGAAAAUUUUGAACAGCUGCGGCAGAAGUUUUGGGUUUCUCUGACACCAUUAACAGCAAAGGUUUAGAAUGAACAUUAUCUGGUCGGAUGAAAUCCAGCGUAACUAUAGCAGGUAUGAACAGACGUGUCCAAGUCGGAUUAAGUGAUUCUGAAUGUUAAGCUGGCCAAAGCAGGUGAAAAUUGAAUGAAAUAGGUUGAAAUAUCCAAGCUCGAAAAAGAAAGUAAAAAAACGGACACAAUAACAUCAUUAUCUUUAAGGGUAUUUCAUGAGAUAAAAGAGUAUCUAUUGUUUCCAAGUGGGCCGAAAACUAUUAAGUUUAAUUUUCAAAACGGACAGUUUUGGUUUUGUUGGUGACGACAGUGCCGAGAUAGAAAAAAAAUCUACUUACCACGAGCCACAUUCAUUUCUAAUUAUUCGGUCAACUCGUAGGAAACGAAAUGAAAUUGUUGGAAGGGUGUAUUUGACAUGCAGGCCGUAGCUUUCCCCAUUUCUGAAGUAUAGUUUAAGCCUUGAGAAUUUUUUGCUUAUGUCAACUUUGGUUGCAGUUGAGAAAACUUGAAGUUUAGAAAAAGAAGCCCCACUGAUUUAGACCAAAACUAAGUUGGUUAUAUUUAGAAUUGUCUACAGAGCUCGUUUGUUGCCUUUAUAGCCUGCGCACAUUAUCAUUGAUGUCCAAGUGAACGGCUGGUCGCAUACCUUUUAGCUAGCUAUGAAAACGUGAGAAUCGUAGAACGCAACUUUUUCCGGCAAGAGGUUUUGAUGACAUCAGCAUAAAGAUCCAUUCAUUUAUUGUUCUUUCACGGUGAUAACUCCUGUACAUUGUUGGUAUCUUUUAUAAUUGUUACAAACUCUUCAUUUAUAAUGCCCUUUGGACUCGCUAUAAUAGUGGCAUUAACUCCUGUUGUAGGACCGAAGGGUAUCAGUUAUUUUGCCAGCCCCAAGCGUCAUUUUGCGUUAUGAGACGCGAUGUUUUUUAAAUAUCUUAUUUUGUACUUAGAAAGGUUAGUUUAACUGUUUUAACUUUGAAUGUUUCUACGCUGUGUGAAUGAUUUCCCGCUAGUAUUCGGAUCUUCUUUCAUUUUAGCGACAUAUUUAUUGCUCAUCUAGGCUCUACAUUGUUUCUUUAAUUAUCAUCAUCAUCAUCCAGUGCCAGAUCUGCGACAGACAUCGGCGAUCAGGAUUUU